GUUCAAGAUGACCGAGCAAAAGUGGCUUACGCGCUUUAUCUUCCUGGAGAGCGUGGCCGGUGUGCCAGGCAUGGUUGGAGGCAUGUUGAGACAUCUGAGAAGUCUGCGGCGCAUGAAGAGAGACAACGGAUGGAUUGAGACACUGCUCGAAGAGGCAUACAACGAACGUAUGCAUUUGCUGACAUUCCUCAAGCUCGCAGAACCGGGGUGGUUCAUGCGCCUCAUGGUUCUCGGAGCGCAAGGAGUCUUCUUCAACGGAUUUUUCAUCUCUUACCUGCUGUCGCCACGCAUAUGCCACCGAUUCGUCGGAUACCUGGAAGAGGAAGCGGUGAUCACUUACACGCGAGCAAUCCAAGAGAUUGAAAGCGGAAAGCUUCCCGCAUGGGAGAAGACGGAGGCGCCCGAGAUCGCCGUUCAAUAUUGGAAGAUGCCGGAGGGCCAGCGCAGUAUGAAGGAUCUGCUGCUGUAUGUCCGGGCAGACGAAGCCAAACACCGAGAGGUGAACCACACUCUGGGAAACUUAAACCAGGCGGCGGACCCCAACCCGUAUGCAGCAAAGUACAAGGAUCCGACCAAACCACAUCCGAACAAGGGAAUCGCGAAUCUGAAGUCGACGGGGUGGGAGCGGGAGGAGGUUAUCUGAGAUCGUCCGAUCGAUGACUCCCUUGCAUGUGUAUACGGCGGGACCGAUUACCAUGCAGAUUGCUUGUUCUUCUUUCUUCUUUCUUCUGUCUGACCUUUUUAAUUGGCAACACUGGGCUCAACGAGCUGGUGUCCCAAAAGUAGUGAUUAGCGUCUUUAUUUCCUGCAGAUAGAUCCCCUCUCAACAAUGAUAACGAAUACCAUGGCUUGCAAUGUGUUUCAGACCCCAGGUGCGAGAUGAGAAGGACUGGCAGCAACCCG